UAGGUAUGUGUCUACAUUAAUAAGUUUUACUGUCCUAAGUAAAAGUGUCUGUAAUGAUGGUAUGCUAUAUUUAACUUAUUCCCUGUGCAAGCUAAGUACAUGUACAGCUAUAAGCAAUAUGACUGAGGAUUAACAGCACUGUUGUGUUCACACUCAGACAGCUUUUUACAUAUGAUUUGUAUCGUAAAAAUGUAUAUGUUAUAUACAUUUUUACAAUACAAAUCAUAUGUAAAAAGCUCUGUGGUUGUGUUGUUGCAACAUAACAAAUAAUAUCAUAGAAAUGCAAAAUAUUGUAGUAGUUUUUGAAUUAUUAACGCAAGUAUCAGAUAAAAGGGCAGCCUUGGAAGCUCCAAAGCAUACACUUGAUUACUGUACAAGUUACAUAUAAGUACAUGUUGUUACCAUGCCAUAGCUGACAUGACUGAGGAUAAGAGAUGCUGAUUUCUCCCAGGAUACAAGAAACUCAUACAGGAUAAAUACUAUUGACGUCUACUUUAUAUUACCCGAUCCUGAGAUAAAUACCACUGAGUUCUGAUCCUGUGAUAUAUACCAGUGACUUCUGAUCCUGAGAUAAAUACCAGUGGCUUCUGAUCCUGGGAUAAAUACCAGUGACUUCUGAUCCUGAGAUAAAUACCAGUGACUUCUGAUCCUGAGAUAAAUACCAGUGACUUCUGAUCCCGAGAAUAAUACCAGUGGCUUCUGAUCCUGAGAUAAAUACCACUGACUUCUGAUCCUGAGAUAAAUACCAGUGACUUCUGAUCCUAAGAUAAAUACUACUGACUUCUGAUCCUGAGAUGAAUACCAGUGACUUCUGAUCCUGAGAUAAAUACCACUGACUUCUGAUCCUGAGAUAAAUACCAGUGACUUUUGAUCCUGAGAUAAAUACCAGUGACUUCUGAUCCUGAGAUUAAGGUACAGCUGGAAAAUAACAUUUUGGUAAAAAAUUGCUAUACCUGCACAUGUAAUUUUCUGGAACAAAAUAAAGUAUGAAGGCAUGUGUCAAUUUUCAUGUGUCACUUUGUCUUCUUUUAGAAUAUCUGGUAGAAGUUCAAUGGGAACUCCCAGAAAUUCUGAUAUUUCACACUUUCUAUUUUUUCAAAUUUUCUUUCAAAGUUUCCGGACAACACAGGAGCUACCAUUGACCUGUUUCCAGAUUUACUAAAAGUAGAUAGUGUAAUGAUACUUUCCUGAAAAAAGCAAGGAAAUACACAUGCCUUCAUACUUAAUUUUGUACCAGAAAAUAACAUGUGCAGGUAUAGCAGAUCUAGUGAGCAGGCCAUCGACAAAUUGUACAAGUGACUUCUGAUCCUGAGAUAUAUACCAGGGACUUCUGAUCUUGUGAUAAAUACCACUGACUCUCAAACUACAGGAAAACUCUAAAGAUUCUAUUGCAUGUGAUGACAGUGAGUAAUUUGUAAUAAGUAACAUAUGCAGUUAAAUAUGCAGAAGAGAUGGAUCUACAUGAAACAUCUACUAGUGUCAUAGAAAAAAGAACUGUAUCAAGAUCUAGUAUUGAACAAACAGCAACAAAACCUUUGGAAAAACAUGUGGAAAAACAUGUGGAAAAACAUGAAUGUGAUGUCUGUCAUAGAGUAUUUGGUCACAAGUAUGAAUGUGAACAACAUUAUAAAGUUCAUACUGAAGAGAGAAAUUUCAAAUGUGAUGUUUGUCUGAAGACAUUUAAGAAAACAUCUAACCUUGUAAAACAUUCUAAGAUACACACUGGAGAGAGAAAUUCCAAAUGUGAUGUUUGUCAAAAGACAUUUUACCUAAAAUCUCACUUGGAGUCACAUACUAAGAUACAUACUGGAGAGAGAAAUUUCAAAUGUGAUGUUUGUCUAAAGACAUUUCACCAAAAAUCUGACCUUGUAAAACAUUCUAAGAUACACACUGGAGAGAGAAAUUUCAAAUGUGAUGUUUGUCUUAAGACAUUUAACCAAAAAGCUAACCUUGAAAAACAUUCUAAGAUACAUACUGGAGAGAGAAAUUUUAAAUGUGAUGUUUGUCUAAAGACAUUUAACCAAAAAUCUAACCUUGUAACACAUUCUAAGAUACAUACUGGAGAGAGGAAUUACAAAUGUGAUGUUUGUCUAAAGACAUUUAUCCAAAGAGUUACCCUUUUGUCACAUUCUACGAUACAUACUGGAGAGCGAAAUUUCAAAUGUGAUGUUUGUCUAAAGACAUUUAAAAGAAAGGCUAACCUUGAAAAGCAUUCAAAGAUACAUACUGGAGAAAAGAAUUACAAAUGUGUUGUUUGUCUAAAGACAUUUUACCAAAAAUCAGACCUUGUAAAACAUUCUAAGAUACAUACUGGAGAGAGGAAUUACAAAUGUGAUGUUUGUCUAAAGACAUUUAACCGAAAAUCUAACCUUGUAAAACAUUCUAAGAUACAUACUGGAGAGAGGAAUUACAAAUGUGAUGUUUGUCUAAAGACAUUUAACCAAAAACCUAACCUUGUAAAGCAUUCUAAGAUACAUACUGGAGAAAAGAAUUACAAAUGUGUUGUUUGUCUAAAGACAUUUUACCGAAAAUCUGACCUUGUAAAACAUUCUAAGAUACAUACUGGAAAGAGAAAUUACAAAUGUGAUGUUUGUCUAAAGACAUUUCACCAAAAAUCUGACCUUGUAAAACAUUCUAAGAUACACACUGGAGAGAGAAAUUUCAAAUGUGAUGUUUGUCUUAAGACAUUUAACCAAAAAGCUAACCUUGUAAAACAUUCUAAGAUACAUACUGGAGAGAGAAAUUUUAAAUGUGAUGUUUGUCUAAAGACAUUUAACCAAAAAUCUAACCUUGUAACACAUUCUAAGAUACAUACUGGAGAGAGGAAUUACAAAUGUGAUGUUUGUCUAAAGACAUUUCACCAAAAAUCUCAUCUUGAGUCACAUUCUACGAAACAUACUGGAGAGCGAAAUUUCAAAUGUGAUGUUUGUCUGAAGACAUUUAACCAAAAAUCUUACCUUGUAAAGCAUUCUAGGAUACAUACUGGAGAAAAGAAUUACAAAUGUGAUGUUUGUCUAAAGACAUUUUACCUAAAAUCUCACUUGGAGUCACAUACUAAGAUACAUACUGGAGAGAGAAAUUUCAAAUGUGAUGUUUGUCUAAAGACAUUUAAUCAAAAAUCUAACCUUGUAACACAUUCUAAGAUACAUACUGGAAAGAGAAAUUACAAAUGUGAUGUUUGUCUAAAGACAUUUCACCAAAAAUCUGACCUUGUAAAACAUUCUAAGAUACACACUGGAGAGAGAAAUUUCAAAUGUGAUGUUUGUCUUAAGACAUUUAACCAAAAAGCUAACCUUGAAAAACAUUCUAAGAUACAUACUGGAGAGAGAAAUUUUAAAUGUGAUGUUUGUCUAAAGACAUUUAACCAAAAAUCUAACCUUGUAACACAUUCUAAGAUACAUACUGGAGAGAGGAAUUACAAAUGUGAUGUUUGUCUAAAGACAUUUAUCCAAAGAGUUACCCUUUUGUCACAUUCUACGAUACAUACUGGAGAGCGAAAUUUCAAAUGUGAUGUUUGUCUAAAGACAUUUAAAAGAAAGGCUAACCUUGAAAAGCAUUCAAAGAUACAUACUGGAGAAAAGAAUUACAAAUGUGUUGUUUGUCUAAAGACAUUUUACCAAAAAUCAGACCUUGUAAAACAUUCUAAGAUACAUACUGGAGAGAGGAAUUACAAAUGUGAUGUUUGUCUAAAGACAUUUAACCGAAAAUCUAACCUUGUAAAACAUUCUAAGAUACAUACUGGAGAGAGGAAUUACAAAUGUGAUGUUUGUCUAAAGACAUUUAACCAAAAACCUAACCUUGUAAAGCAUUCUAAGAUACAUACUGGAGAAAAGAAUUACAAAUGUGUUGUUUGUCUAAAGACAUUUUACCGAAAAUCUGACCUUGUAAAACAUUCUAAGAUACAUACUGGAAAGAGAAAUUACAAAUGUGAUGUUUGUCUAAAGACAUUUCACCAAAAAUCUGACCUUGUAAAACAUUCUAAGAUACACACUGGAGAGAGAAAUUUCAAAUGUGAUGUUUGUCUUAAGACAUUUAACCAAAAAGCUAACCUUGUAAAACAUUCUAAGAUACAUACUGGAGAGAGAAAUUUUAAAUGUGAUGUUUGUCUAAAGACAUUUAACCAAAAAUCUAACCUUGUAACACAUUCUAAGAUACAUACUGG